AUGUAUAUAAUCCUUAGCGGUGCUAGUGCUUCUAGCAAUAAUCAAGCUAAAGUUAGUGGAGGUGGUAGCGCUAGUGCUUAUGGCCAUGGUCAAACUAUUGUUGCUGGAAGAGGCGGUGCUAGUGCUUCUAGCAAUAGUCAAGCUAAAAUUGGUGGAGGUGGUGGCUCUAGUGCUUCUGCUCAUUGUCAAGCUAUUGUUGGUGGAAGAGGCGGUGCUAAUGCUUCUAGAAAUAGUCAAGUUAAAGUUGGUGGCACUAGUGCUUCUGGCCAUGGUCAAGCUAUUGUUAGUGGAGAAGGCGGUGUUAGUGAUUGUAGCAAUAGUCAAGCUACAGUUGGUGGACAUGGUGGUGCUAGUUCUACCGACAAGGAUGAAGUCAAAAUUGGUGGAAGGGGUGGUACUAGUGCUUCAAGCAAUGGUCAAGCUAAAGUUGAUGGACGUAGCAGUGCUAGUUCUACUAACAAGGGCGAAUCCAAAAUUAGUGGAAAUGGAAGAACUAAUUCUUCUGGUAGUAAAGCUAAUGUUAGUAGAACUCGUGUCACAAUUGGAGCAGAAGAGCACUAUGAAACUACCUUUAAAGGAGGGGCUAAGGGUGCAUUUGAAGGGAAAAUAAGAGGAAAAGUGGGGGAUAAAUGUGGAUUUAAAGGAAAAAUAGGAGGACAAGUAGCAGUCGAUGGAACUAUUGGUGGAGGUGGUGGCACUAAACUUAAUGCAAAGGGUGAAGUUAAAACUAGUGGAAGUGGUGCCACUAGUGCUUCUAGUUAUGGUCAAGCUAAUGUUAGUGGAAGGGAUAAUGUUAGUGUUUCUAGCAAUGGUCAAGCUAAAGUUGAUGGACGUGGUAGUGCUAGUUCUACUGACAAUGGUGAUGCCAAAACCAUUGGAAAGGGAAGAACCAAUGUUGGUAGAACUGGUGAUACUAGUUCUACCAGGAAAGGUGAAGCUAAAAUUGAUCGAAGUGGUGGAACUAGUGCUUCUAAUAGUGGUCAAGCUAAUAUUUGGGGUAAAAGGGCAUGGUGA